CAGAGCACGGCCCCGGCUGCGGGGACCCGACCCGGAGUAGGAGCAGCCCUUUAUAGCCGGCUCACACCUACACGCCGCUCCCAGAGCGCGGCAGCGCUGCCCGGAGCCGCAUACCCUCCUGUCCGCCCGCCGCUGCCCAUGGAGUUCCGCCGCCCGGCCCCGCUGGUGCUGCUGCUGCUCGCCGUCGUUUAUAGAGGCAUGUUGGGGGAAGCCCAUGUUAGGAACCGAAGAGGGAUUCUUGAGUUAGCCGGAGCCAUUCGAUGCACUACGGGGCGGUCUCCUUUUGCAUAUCUACGUUACGGAUGCUACUGCGGCCUGGGAGGAAGGGGAUGGCCCAAGGACAGAGUGGACUGGUGCUGCUUUAACCACGACUGCUGCUAUGGUAAGGCAGAGCAAGCAGGCUGUCACCCCAAGAUAGAAAGUUACCACUGGGAAUGUGAGGACAACAGCCCUGUGUGUGAAUCACUAGAAGACAAAUGUCAAAAAAUGGCAUGUGAAUGUGACCGUGAAGCUGCCAAAUGUUUUUCUAAAGCCCCCUACCAUAAAAAGUACCUCCUGUGGCCAGAUGCUAUGUGUGGUGAGGUUCAACCUUUGUGUAGAUAUUAAACAUACAGCACCAGCCCCUAUGAAAACUCUAUACUUAUUUAAAAUCUGGAAAGAUGGCUUUUGUCACAGUAGUGACAGGAAAUGAUUUUUCUCCUUCUUGUCCUUCCCUCUUGUCACUCCUCUGCCUCAGAACAAAGUAAACACUUCUUAUUUACUUUCUAGAAUACAUGGACUAAAACUAAGUUCACUAACUUGGUGUGCGCUUUUCUUUACUAAGCUCAAAUUCUUCUUUAGUAUUUAUCGGUUUAAGGAGUAACUGACUUCAAAUUCGUCUGAGUCACAGCAUGGUUUGGGUUGGCUACGUUUCCCAUCAGUCUGAUCUCACUCAACAGCAUAAGCUUGUGCAGCUCAGGAGCUUGGAACUCGUCAGGACAUAAAAAUGGCUUCAGCUCAGGUUGUUUCAUAGUUUUGGGAGACGUUUUAAGAAAAGCAGAACUCAGUAACAAGAACUACUACAAAUACAUUUUUUCAUAACUGAUAACUUUAACAGCUAAAGGACCAGGAAGGGUUUACCUUCACCCACUUAAACUUAUUCAUAGCUAAAGGAAUGCAGAACAAAUACAAGAAAUACAAGUCAAAGGUAAUGUCCAACACUUUGAUAUAAAAUAAAUAAGUCAAACUUCUUCAGGGAGGACUAAGAUUUAAAAUGAUAUCUUUAAUCUUUAAAAAAUAUUUGUAGGCAAAUUUAAAGUUCAUAUUCAUGAUACAAAUGCAAAAACAACAACAAAAACUCAAAACACAUAAUGAAGGGUCAAAAACCUCACAUCAUUAAGUGGCAAUCUGUUUAUACAAAACGGUCCACAUUUCCAGUCAGCGCUCAUUCACAGACCUAGAUACACGCCAUUCAUUGCAGUAAGGCAUAAUUACAGUGUCAGGUCACUUAUCCAAAAUAAUCCUUUUAAGAGCUCAAUGUGAAUUUAAGGCUUAGCAACAGAUUUUAGGAGAGCAUUAAAGAAGCUGUUGAUGAAGUCAAACUGAUCUGAACAAAACAACAACAAAAAAAUGUCAACAGCAGUCACCAUAUUUCCCAGAGGACAAAGCUUGGCCUUAGCAGUCUAUAAGGAAUUUUAGAACAACCUUACUGCAUAUUUCUCGAGCAGAAUGUCACACGUGAAGCAGGCUGAAAACACCAAAGUACUUUCAAUAUGAAGCCUAUCCUUUCAGCUUUCCUUCAGCAAACUCAAGUUUUGAGCAAUGAAUUGCUGGUGUGAAAUACUAAGUUGAAAAUACCACCGUAGCUUUUCAGAAGACACUGAUUUUAAGACAGAAUAAAGAAGUGCUGUUUGUUCAAAAAUA